AUGUUCAACAGCCGGAACAACGCCCAGAAGCCGGAUGGCGAGUUCAUCAGUCGCUUCCAGCAAGCAUUCUCAGAUAUUGUCCCUCGGCGCAGCGAGAGCCCGCGCAAUGUGAGGGGUGAACCUUCGAUAGCCCCAAGAAUGGCCGAGAACAACGAUGUGAAAAUGGAGAAUCAUGAUCUCAAGUUCCCCAUCACCAACGUCCGCACUCCCCGAAAUAUGCAAGACCUGGGGUUGACGCCCUCAUGGAUGGAAUCCGCUUCAUAUUCAAUGAUGCCUCUUGCCAACCAGCAUUCAGGCUUUUAUACUCCAACUUCUUCUGGAAUGGGUGCAAUGUUCCAUAAUCAGGCUGGCGAUUUGCAUACUCCAACCGGGAUGCACUUGAUGACCCCGCUGGCGGGCAUGCCAGCUAUACAAAACCACCACAGCAAUGGCUUUGAGCCCUUCCACCCGCAGUUCAUAAAUCCAGUCCAUGGCAUGAACCAAUACACACAGCAACCGUCAUAUGCACCAAGCGCAUUCAUGCACCGCGACACCGGAUAUGACGCCAUGGAUGAUACUCUCGAUGACUCUGCUCUAAAUGAUGUAAAUGUCGAAACAGCAUCCAACGUGACGGCCUCUACGGAAAUUUCGGCUCAAAUUGGUGGUGACAUGUCCUAUGCGAAGGGCGAACAAUUUCGCUUCAAUGUUUCUCUACGGGCACCAACCGCCAUGGUGAAGAACCUGAGUGAAAUUCCUGUAACCUAUCUCAAUAAGGGCCAAGCAUACAAUAUCUCAGUUAUCGACACGAGCCCACCAAUGGUCAACCACGAACCGAUUCGAUAUAGAACAUUUGUCCGCGUUUCCUUCGAAGAGCGAGAACAACGAGCGAAACCGUCAACAUGUUGGCAACUAUGGAAGGAAGGCCGAGGUACCACAGAAGCCCAUCAACGGGGCGGAAAAUUAUUAGCUGUUGAAUAUGUGGAUCCAUUACAAGGUGGCAGUGAUGCACACAGGAAUCGACAGGUGCAAGUCGAGAGUAUGUCAGUCGACGGCUUCUGCGUCACUUGGACCGCCAACCCAGCGACCGGCGUAUCGGAUUGCAACAUUCCUGUCCGGUUCAAUUUCCUUUCCACGGAUUUCAGCCACUCAAAAGGAGUGAAGGGAAUUCCUGUCAGACUGUGCGCCAAAACCGAGCUUUUAUCCCCAGGUGAGGAGACAGGUGUAUCGCGCGAUACAGAGCUGUCUUUCUGCAAAGUAAAGCUUUUCCGAGAUCACGGCGCUGAGCGGAAGCUGUCCAAUGACGUUGCGCAUGUCAAGAAGACCAUCGAUAAACUUAAGCAGCAAGUCUCCCAGGCAGAAAUGGGUGGUGGAUUUGCGAAGCGCAAGCGUGGAAACAAUGUUUCUGCUACCGCAAAGGGAUCCGACAAUCCUAUGAAGCCUUCGAGCCACAAGCGAACUUGGUCGAUAGACUCGGAAGAUGCUCCUCCAGAAAAAGUCUCCUUGGAGGAUGAUCUUCAAGCCAAGUUGUCUAUGAUGCAAGAGAUGUUCUCAUCUACUCGCGCAGUGAGCAUUUUCGGCUUGCGCGGUGAAAAAUUCGAUGAUCCCGACCUAUAUCCCAUUCGGCUAUCAGGUGAUGGCGAUUCCCCCAGUAUGGGAAUAUGA